AUGGUUUUGCAAGGAGAGACCAAGGAGGUUGUAAUUGAUGAGGAAGAUGUGUUUUGGAUUAAGGGGAGGGUGUGUGUGCCUCGUAUUGAUGAUUUGACUAUAACUAAUCUUGUAGAGGCUUACAAUUUGAGCUACUAUAAACAUCUUCCUGCAACCAAGAUGUAUUGUGAUCUUAGACAAUAUUACUGCAGGAAUAGAAUGAAGCAUGACAUGGUUGACUUUGUUGCCCAAUGUAUGAAUUGUCAACAUGUAAAUUACAAGAAUAGAGGCCUAGAAGAAUACUUCAGAGAAUACCUAUUUCUGAAUGAAAAUGGGAAAGACCUGCAAUGGACUUUGUGGGUGACUUAUAAUGUUGAGAAGUUAGUCAAACUCUAUAUCUACAAGUUUGUUCAAUUACAUGGAGUUUCGAUUUACAUAUCAGAUAGAGUUACACAGUUUACUUCUAACUUUUGGAGGACCUUGCAGGCUGAAUUAGGUACUAAAUUGGAUCUUAGUACCACAUUUCUCCCUCAGGGUACUGGUCUAUUGAGAAAAUUGUUAGAGAAGGUGAAAUUCAUUCAAGAGAAGCUUCUAGCAUCUCAGAGCAGACAAAAGAAGUAUGCAGAUAGAAAGGUCAAGGACUUGGAGUUUAUGGAGAUAAAGCAAGUGUUGUUGAAGGUUUCACCCAUGAAGGGUGUGAUGAGGUUUGUCUUGGUUGAUGAGAAUUUGUCUUAUGAGGAGGAGCCUGUAGCUAUUAUAGAUAGGGAGGUCCACAAGUUGAGAUCAAAAGAGAUUGCAGUUGUAAAGGUCCAAUGGAAGAAGCCACUUGGGAGAAUGAGGAUGAUAUGCACGAAAGAUAUCCACACCUUUUUUUAUUGA